AUGAGGACCGCCACUGCUACAGCACUCAUCAUAUCCAUCUUUCUCACGAGUUCUGUAAUUACAGGUAUCAUCGAUAGACCCAGUAAUGCGACAUUAUCUGAGUCUGAUAUUCCUGUUAUCAUCGCCCUGCCAGCUCGGAAAGUCAUGACGGGAUCUCAAAGUACCACUACCAGACCCACAACUUCUGAGCCCACGGCACCUCCUCCCAUGGACCCCGAACUCGAGACAAUCUCAAAGGGAUGUAUUACGAUCUCAGACUACAAACUACUAACCAACAACGACGUCACCUGGUUCAUCGCCUCAAUGAUAGGAAGAGCAUUAGUUGAGGAGAGUGUCUCCACCAUCGGGCUUAUGGAGCUCCGAGGGGCUCUUCACUUCAGUCCGAUGGCUCCAUGGACAAAAACGAACUAUACGGAGCCCAGUGAGCAAGAACUCGCCUCGGCCACUCUGGAGCAGUAUUAUGACCUAAAAGAGCCGAAAUCGAUGAUGAGAAGUUUGGAUAGUUUGAUGAUAAUGGAGAAGGAUAUUCCACGUGGUGUCGCUUUUAUGGAUGGGCGGUUCCCUGGGAUUCGAAUGAUUUUUGCACAGAAAUUCCAGAAAAUGAUGAGAAAAGGGGGAAAGAUGGUCAUGGAUAGGAAGAUGGUCGACAGAAUGAUUGAAGAGUACUCGGCGAUGAAUAAGAAAAUAAGAGAUGCAAUUGAAAAGACGAGUUACAACAACUAUUGUUGGGAUCGCAGUUCUUUGUUUUAA